AUAAAAAGCGAAGAGCAAAAGCAGUAAGAAAUGAAAGAAACUUUUUUUUCUGUUUCAGGUUAGUGUUGAUGCAACAGUAACUACACAUCCUUCUCAGUUUUCCAUGAGAAAACAAGGUCCAAGUACACGAAAUUUAUGCAGCAGCAGCAGCACAUGAGAAAGAAACACUCACAGCACAGCUUUCAUUUGAAAUCUCUGUUCCUUCCACAUAACGAGGUUGCACGCCUGUAGCCUUAACUUCUCCCGCUCCUCCCUCUCUCUCUCUCUCUCUCUCAGCUUUCAUCAAUUUUGGGUUCAAAAUUGAUGGUAUAUUUUGGGUACUGGACUCUUGCUUGGCUGCUCUAAGUAACCUCUCUUUUCAAAUCCAAAAUGGUACAUUUUGGGUUCAAUUAUUAUUAUUAUUAUUAUUUCACUCUAAAAACAAUAUAAGCAUAAACUAUUAUCGAAGUACUUUCAAAAACUAAAGUUUAGUAGAAGUACUAUAAUCUGUCACAAGAGUCCGAACUCUGACUUCUCUCUGUAGCUCCAAACUGUUACUUCAACUAGAACCCGCUUCUCGGCAGGCCAAUUCCUACAUAAUAAAACAAACAACCAACCUGUAAUUUUUCAAAUCAAAAAGGAAAGUUGUUUGUGCCAAAAAUUUGUGUUCAAAACUCCAAACUCUCUCUCCUACACUGUAUCCACCAAUAUAAAAUGAAGUUGUUGUGAACUAUCUGUGUUCAAAUCUUGAUCUUGAAACUCUUUUCCUUUCUUUGACAAGAAACCAAAGUGUAUCUCAAAACCAAGAAGAAAAAAGGAAGAAAAAACUGAAGUAGCUGUUGUUCUUGAAUGGAUAAAGUAUCGACAAUAACAACAUUGACAACAAGGAGACCAAAAUGGCAAUACCCACCAGCCCAACCAACUCCAAGAAUCCUCCAUUUACCUCGAAGGCCUCGCAGGAAACCACAAGUGCCAAAGGCCAAUGCCACAAAGCCAAGUUCACAAAGAGACGAGAAAGGAAAGUUAGAGGCUUUGUUUGAUCAAGAAAGAGGGUUUGCAAGAGGGGUUGUGCCAAUUAUGAUGGCUAGCGGUAGCAGGGGUUAUCAGUGCUUUGAGGAGGAGAGGAGGGAGAGAGUGGAGGAGAGGGAGAGUGUGGUGAUGGAGGAGGAGAAGUGGAGGUUUCAAGCUGAGAUGUUGAGGGCAGAGUGUAAUUUGUUGCGGAUGGAGAGAGAGAUUGCUGUCAAGAAGAUGGAGAGAAGAAGAGUUCAAAUGGAGAGGAUUCUGAGAUCUGCUGUUGAAACUCUGCUUUCUGGGAGAAAAGGGAUUUGUGAUGGCAAGGAUGCGAGCAUGGUAUUGGAUGAAGAGAUUCAAGAAUUGGUAGAGAAGCUAGAGAAGUUGCAAAGAAGAUCAGGGGUUAAGGAUUUAGAAGGUCGAAAGUGUAGUAAUUUAGAUAGACAAGUAUCUCUUCUUCAAAGAGGGCUAAAGAACUUUGGAGGAGAAUCGGACGAGAAAUGCGUUAAGGAGAUCCAAGAGGUGGCGGAAGCAAGCAUGUCCAUAAAAACAAACUGCAGUGUCCAUGAGACUUUUGCUUCAAAUCGCAGUUGCAAUCAGAUGGAGAUACUGAGAAGGAAAAUGGAGGGAUUGUCGAAUAGAAGCUUGUUGGAGAGAAUGGAAGAUGAGUAUGGUUCAAUGCACUCUACAGCCAGCAGUUCUGCUGCCAAUUAUGCCUCCUCUUCCAAGAGAAUAAUAGAAUUUCCUGAUAAGCCUUCAUCUUCAACAAGACAACCAUGCAAGGAGGAGAAAACAUGCUCUGGGUGCUGCAAGAUCAUAGUGCGGAGCGUCAUAGAGCAAGUUCAGGCUGAGACAGAGCAAUGGUCCCAAAUGCAAGAGAUGCUUGGGCAAGUCAGGAAUGAGAUGGAAGAGUUGCAGGCUUCUAGAGAUUUUUGGGAAGAUCGAGCACUUGAUUCUGAUUGUCAAAUUCAAUCCCUGAAUUCUGCUGUGCAAGAAUGGAGACAGAAAGCCCUCUCUUCUGAAGCCAAGGCAAAUGAGCUACAAAAUCAGGUAGCUGUGCUUCAAGAGGAGCUCGAGAGGUUGAGGAAGGAAAGAGUUAAAGAGACAUCAAGGUCUAAAAACUUACCAUCAAUUUCUUUGGAGGCUCCAAAUGAGACUGAGAAGCGAGUAUUAGUUUGUCGUUUGAAGGAAAACCGUAAUACUAAUGAUGAUUGUCGCCAGAAGAAGGCCUUUAGUGAUGGCAGCAGAAAGCCACACGCCUGCGCCGGUGGACUUGAUGCUCCAAAACGGUCACUUUUUAGAGAUAUUGGAAAUUCAUCUCCCUUGGCGAGACAAAAUAGUAGAGCAGUUUUCCCUUUGCACUACCCUGUGCAGGAAAACUUCAAAUUCUGAAAAUUCAUCAAAUUUCCCCCUUUCCCCCAUCUAAAUACAUUGACUGUAAGAGAGCCAAACUUCAAAUGUGUCGCACUAGAGAACAAGUCCAUGUUUAGUUUGCGGGGGAUCCAAGAAUUACCAUUGCAGUUCUUUUAGCUCUUGACACAAGUUCUCUACCUUACGGAAUGUGCAUCAACCUGUGUACUUGUGAAACAAAAACAGAAGUAGAAGCUUUUA